CCUGGGCGUUGUUCUAUAUAGGCGUCCUCGUUGCUAUUGUUACGACUAAGCCUUUUCUUUAGACGCUGCCCAGAAGUGACGCAUUGCAGCGGGAGGUGAGGAUUUGAAUGGGACCGGGGAGGCAGCGACGUUUGUUACUAACUGCUGCCCUUUAGAACUCUGAGGAGUAGGAGGGCCAGCAAAUGCUGAACUACGAGGAGGAUUGCAAUCAAGGGAAAGGAAAGAAAGCUGCAGAAAUGAUGACCUGUAUCUCAAAGCAGUUUCAGAUCCACUCUCAGUAACUAGAGACUCCACUCACAACUUGGCUGUAGACUUCUCCUCAAUAUGACAACCUUGGAAAAUGAGUUUUUCAGCAAGGAAGUCCAGAAGCUAAGAUCUGCACUUAAACGAUAUGAAGAUAAAAAUUAUGGUGGACAAACUGUUGAACAGGAUGGUGAGUUUUUGAGAGAGGAUGAUAAGGCAACAUCUCGAAGAAAUUUAAGCCUGCAGAAUGAAGAAUUGGAUAAAUACACAGAGGAGUUGAUUGAACAACUUCGCUUUUAUCAGGCUGAAAUGGGUAACAUACGACUAAAGAUUGAAAAUGUUACUAAGGAAAAUGAAAGGCUUCAUGAGCAACUUAAGGAAUCUUUAGAAAAGCAGCUGGAAUCUAUUCCCUCUGGUUUCGCCACUGAUGCAUUUACUGAGCAAGAACAGAUUAAAAACCUACAAGAACAACUGCAACUUGCAAAUCAAACGAACCAGCAGUUUCUGCUCACUGUAAAUAAGCAACAGCUGGAAAGAGAGCAACUUGGAAAACAAGUAAGGCAGGCAAAACAAGAGUCACAAAUAGCAACUGUGAAGCUAGAAGAAACUACAAAACGAAUAGAAAGUCUACAGGAGCAGCUGCAAAGAAAGGAACAUGAUGAGUUUGCUGCUAAUACAAAGGAGGAAGCUUCAGAAAAUCGAGUUCAGCAGCUUCAGCCUGCAUUCACGCAAUUAGAAAGCAGACUAAAAGUAGCAGUCCAGGAUGUAGAAAAAUUAAAAGAAGAACGAAUAGCACUCGAAAAGCUUAUUGGGGAAUUACAAGCAAAAUGUGCAAAAUUCGAAGAAGAGAAAUAUGUUGCUGUUUCCAGAGUCCGCGACAGUAUGCAAAUACUAGAAGAAGCUAACCUACAAAAGGAUCAGGCACUGGUAAGAGAAAAGCAAAAGGAAGAGGAGAUUGAAAAUAUGAAGAAAGGCAUGAAUAAUAUAAUUGAAGAAGCUGCAGCAAGAACGAGAAAAGAGGUAGAGAAUACAAGAAAACUGUUUAAUGUGCAGAUUGCACGGCUGACGGAAGAACUUUCAGCUUCUCACCUGGAAUGUGGAGAGAAACAGAGCCAACUUGAACGUGCACUGAGAGAAAAGCGCGCAGCAGAGGAAGAACUUGCAAAGGCAUAUCGUGACGGUCAAGUAAAUGAAAAAGAUUAUAGAAAACAGGAGGAGCUCCACCAGCGAUUUCUGACUGCUGAGAGCAUGAAAGAUGACCUCAAGAUAAGGCUGCACGCUGCACAAAAUAAAAUUAAGCAAAUGGAGCUCAACUUUACUGAGGAUCUGUCCCGAUGCCAUGAAACAAUAGAGAAGCUGAGCAAGACUUUAGAAUCUGAAAGAAAGAGCAGCAAUUCUGUAAGUGAAGAAAGACUGAAACUUGUGCAGGAGAAUGAACAGUUAAGAAAAGAAGUAGAGGAAUGGCAGAAAACUGCUACAGAAGUGCAGCAAAAUGUAAAAUUUCAGAUUAGCACAUUGCAGCAUGAGUUUUCCGUGAAGAAGCAAGGCUUCAAAGUGCAACUGCAAGAGAUGGAAGACAGCAAGAGAAACUCUAUCAAUGAGCUGAGGAUGCUUCUGUUCGCUCAGCAAAAAGUAACCAACCAAUGGAAGGAGGAAGCGAGACAAAUAACAGACAGUACAGAGGCCAGGCUGGGGAAUCUGCGAACUAAAUUAGAGAGACAAAAACGGCACAGUGAAGAACUGCUGUCUCGGUUACAAAAAGCACAAGAAAAAAAGACUGGGCUUGAAUGUGUAAUAUUAGAUUAUCAGGAGAAAACAAAUAGACUACAAAAGCGGCUAAACCAAGCAGAAGAUCUGGCGCUAACAGCUUCCAAACAGCUCAGUCUCGUUGCAUCAUAGAGAAGAACGGCAGCUCACAAGGUGAAUUUAGAAAAUAUCUAAGAGCACCUGAAGUUCACAGACCAGAUCAUCACCACUGAUUUGCUACUGAAACUACUACGGGUUUUAUUUUUCUUUCGUAUUUGUAAUUAGGGAUGCACUGAAUCCACUAUUUGGGAUUCGGCCGAAUCCCUGAAUCCUUGGUGAAAGAUUCGGCUGAAUACAGAACCAAAGCCUAAUUUGCAUAUGCAAUAGGGAAAGGGAAGGAAAAAGUGGAAAAAAUCUUCUUUUGUGAUUUCCCUUGCCUUCCCUAAUUUACAUAUGCAAAUUAGGAUUUGGUGCGGCCAGGCAUAAGGUUUGGACGAAUCCUGCUGAAAAAGGCCGAAUCCCGAACCGAAUCCUGGAUUUAGUGCAUCCCUAUUUGUAAUGUCAUCUUUUUAUACUGAUUUCUUGGGUGUGAUUAUAAAAUCCAGAUAUGAUGAGAA